AUGUCUUUGGGUCAAGAGAGGUCUCAGAAUUCCAGGUCGUCGCGGAACGCCACGCCAAACGCGCCCCAUUCGACGGUUUCGGGCCAUCGCCGCGAAGUGGACACGGCAAGCUUGGCAAGCACCCAGGCUUCACCCACUCAUCUUCACACGGCUCGCAGCAAUGCUCCAAGGAGCGGCUAUUCGCCGUUCGUUUCGUUACCGCACAACCCCAGCCGCCCCGGUUCGCCAUCGUCGACGUCAUCGUUGGAUCGGCGAGCCUGUCGUAUUUGUCAAUCGGAGACUGGAGACAUGGUUCGCCCCUGCGGCUGUGCCGGAACAAUGGGCGACAUCCACGAGACGUGCCUCUCGAAAUGGGUGACGCAGAGCCACCGGGAUAGCUGCGAGAUUUGCCAUGAGAACUACGCGCGCAGCGGUGCCGUCUUCAAGCGUAUCCGCCAAUGGGAGAAGCCCAAGUUUGAUGCGCUGGAUGUGAUCUCGUUGGCUAUCCUGGGCGGUCUCGGCUCGUGCCUCUACUAUCUGUGGCUGCUCAUGCAGGAGCGUCUUUUCAAGGAGCGCAUUUUCAUCCAUGAGCUCCCGAUGCGCAGCGACGAUUAUGGACGGAUUAUUCUCAGCCUGUUGAUCGUGGUGCUGAUGUGUGGGAUGAUUGUGCUGUUUGUCUCACAGCUACUCGCCUACGUCCACCGCCAGCAGGAGAUCCGCUUCAUCAACAAGAAAAGGACCGAUAUGAGC